UAGUGCGCCUCAUGCCUGUUUAUAAUUAUUAAACCCCAGAAGCGUCGUAAAGGUUGUAAACGUUUUGGAUGACUGUCAGAUUAACCUGCUGCUUAGCAUAAACCCCAAAAGUUACUCGCAGAAUGGACACGCCAGAAAAUCCACAGAAGAAAGCUAAGAACGCUGGCCGGAAGAAAAAGCAGCCAGUCCACAGUGGUGACAUAGUGUUCACCAAGAAUGGGGCCAUUCACACCAUACCCGCUCUGAGUAAGCUGCUGAAAUCUGCCACAGAGCCAGUUAUUGGCCUUCAGUACAUAUGGGAGUAUCGCAGUCCCAGCAAAUCAGUCCCUCCCCAUUACCAGUGUAAGCUGUGUAAGGUACAGCUACUGCAGCAUGAGAUGGCAGCCCAUAUUAUCGGGUGGAAACACUGCUUCCGGUACUUGAAGCGGAGUAACCCAGAGAAAAUGGCAGAGGAAGAACCGGAAGUCGCCAAAAACCCAGUGACCAGACGGGCCAUCAAAACAGCUGCCAUGGAGGUGGAGAAGGCCGAGGGCAGAGGUCAAGUCAAGGUCGUCAUCAAGGAGCCGAGUGACGUGCCAGCAUUUCAGAACAUGAAGACUGCACAUCCUACUGUGGGAGGACCCGGUGGUGCAGGUAUUCUUGGACCAGCUCCUAGAGGCCUUCAUCCAGGUGUACCUUUUGGUGGUUUUCCUGACCUGUCCUUCCCAGGAGACUUCCCUCCUCGGGGUGGACUGUUACCCGAUUUUCCCCCCAUGCAUUCUGUCCUGUCUGAUGGUCCCAUGAGGAGGGGCCAUUCUGACAUGGGUCCCCUCCCCAGUCCCGGGCGUUAUGGAAACUCUCUGACUGGACCCAACAGGGCUUUUGGCAACCCAGAGAGCAUGCAGCGUUUUCCCAGCAGCGGAUCCGUGCGAAUGGGCUUAGAUGGAUUUGGCAUGGGUCCACGCAGCGAUGGAGCAGGCAGGCCAUAUCCCAAUGACCCUCCCAUGAACGCCAAUGGCAGCAGAAAAACCUCUGAGGGAAACAGCACCCUGACAACACUUCUCAGAUAUCUGGAUACAUUCCGGAUUGAAAAUGAAGACGAUGCGCAGGUCGUGCUGAAGAUCACACAGAAGCUCACAGAUGUGUUGAUGGAAUACCGCCUCAGAAGUAUUUCCUCGGUGCCUAGUAUGGAUUCCAGUUCCUUGAGCAGUAUGAGCUACUCUUCACGACUGCCCCCCAGUUCCAACGACAGGCUUCCCAGCAGCAUGACAGGCCCUUCCAGAUUCUAUAACUGAGGAGCACCCGGAUCCUGCAUUUGACAUUUGUUUAUCUGUCAAACUUUCUUUUUGGACCAAAUUCUAGAUUUUUAAUUAGGAUUUUAUGUUCUUUAGUUUCACAGGUCAUACUCAAAUCCCAUUCAGCAUGUUAAUGCAAGAGUGUAAUGACAAC